AUGCUCGCAACGCCUGUUGACGCCAAGAGAAGCUCUCGAAAGAUCCAUGCUCGCGCUACUGAAUACCUCCAGAAUUACGAUACCGACCUCACAGAUUCCCAGCGGACGGUCCGGGAAGCGAUUUCCAAAAUCUGCGCCAAGUACCCAGACGAGUACUGGCGAAAACUCGACGAAUCUAAGGAGUUCCCCACCGAUCUCCAUCGCUCACUAGCCGACAAUGGCUGGCUGGGCAUUUGCAUGCCACAGGAAUAUGGAGGCUCAGAGCUAGGAAUCAGCGAAGCCGCCGUGAUGAUGCAAACCAUCUCCGAGUCCGGCGGAGGCAUGACAGCUGCCUCCUCCGUGCACAUGAAUAUCUUCGGCUUAGAGCCCGUCGUCAAGUUCGGCACCGCCGAACAAAAAGCCCGCUGGUUGAAGCCCUUAAUAGCGGGAAAGGAACGAGCGUGCUUUGGCGUCACAGAGCCUAACACAGGCCUCGACACCCUUCGACUACAGUCCCAAGCCAAAAAAGACGGCGACUCGUACCUCCUCACCGGCCAGAAAAUCUGGAUAUCAACCGCCCAAAACGCCCAGAAAAUCCUCAUCCUCGUCCGCACAACGCCGCUCUCCGAAGUAACGAAGCCGUCCCACGGCCUCUCUCUCUUCUACACCGACCUCGACCCCUCCGCCGUCCAAAUCACCGAGAUCCCCAAAAUGGGCCGCGCAGCCGUCGACACCAACUCCCUUUUCUUCGAAAACUGGCGUGUGCCCGCUUCGGACCUCGUCGGCCGCGAAAACGACGGCUUCAAAACCAUCCUGCACGGCAUGAACGCCGAACGAAUCCUCAUCGCCGCUGAAGCCCUCGGCCUGGGCUACGCCGCGCUCCGGCGCGCCGCCCUCUACGCGUCCGACCGCACCGUCUUCGGCCGCCCCAUCGGCAUGAACCAGGGCAUCCAGCACCCGCUCGCGGAGAGCUGGAUGCAGCUGGAGGCCGCACGGCUGAUGAUCUACCACGCCGCGCGCAUGUACGAUGCCGGGUACACCGCGGGCGAGUAUGCCAACGCGGCGAAGUAUCUGGCUGCGGAGGCGGCCUUCCAGGCGUGCGAGCGGGCGGUCAUGACGCAUGGCGGGAUGGGGUAUGCGAGGGAGUAUCAUGUGGAGCGGUAUUUGCGGGAGGUGUUGAUUCCCCGGAUUGCGCCUGUUAGCCGCGAGAUGAUCUGCAAUUAUAUUGGAGAGCGGGUGCUUGGGCUGCCUAAGUCCUUUUGA